AUGCCAGGCUAUUUCCAAGGUACUCUGUUUGGCUUCCUCGUUCGAUCCGUUCCGGGAUUACGACUCUUACCAUACGAUGACGAACUUGACGAGGCGCUGAGAAAGGAGUAUGUCGAGUCUUCGAAAGAGAAACAGGCAGAGCGCAGACAAGCGACGGCCGAAGACUUUGAGAAGAAUGCCGCAGAGGACUAUGUCUUGAUUGACUGGAUCGAGAACGACCCUUACCAUCCUCGCAACUGGCCUUUGGGGACGAAAUGUUUUGUAACUGGACAGAUCUGCCUGCUGUGCUUUGCUAUCUACAUCGGCGCAGCCAUAUACUCAUCUGGCCUGGAUGGCAUUACGGAACACUUCCACAUCAGUCAGCCAGUGGCUAUCCUGGGAUUAACACUUUACGUCCUGGGAUAUGGGAUUGGGCCAAUGAUUUGGUCUCCAUUAGCAGAGAUGCCGUUGAUUGGGAGAAGCCCGAUCUACCUCAUUACCUUGCUGACCUUCGUCUUCUUGAACUUCGGCGUUGUGUAUGCGAAGAACACGGGCAUGUUGCUUGCGUUCCGUUUCCUGACAGGUUGGCUCGGAUCGCCCGUUUUGGGCACAGGAGGCGCCUCCCUCGCUGACAUGUUUCGUCCCCAAAAGCGCGCCUACCCGAUCACUGCUUUUGCUCUGGCCAACAUUUGUGGACCGACGGUUGGACCUAUUAAAUGGCCGAUCUGGGAACUUAUAUGGAUAUCUGGAUUCACAUUCGUAUUCCUGUUCUUUUUCCUCCCGGAGACCAUGGCCGAGAACAUCCUGUACAAGAGAACCCUCCGUCUGAGGAGGUCAAAUGUCGCGCCAAAAUUAAAAUGCGAAGCAGAGAUCGAAGCCGCGGAGUUGAAGAUCACCGACAUCCUAAGCACCACGUUUGUACGGCCAUUCACGCUUAUGAUCUACGAGCCCAUUGUGUUGGUCCUGAAUUUGUACCUGGCAUUGAUCUACGCUGUGCUGUACUGCUGGCUCGAAUCACUACCCAUUGCCUUCCAGGAGAUCCGUGGUUUCAGCUCCGGGAUUACAGGCCUCUGCUUCAUAGGGAUCGCGGCUGGGGCUUUCGUUGUGGCUCCACCCUACGUAUACUACAACUACUACUAUGUGGAACCUCGCUUCAACAGUCAAGGCGACUUGAAACCGGAGAUCCGGCUAGAAACUGCCCUGGUUGGAUCAUUUUGUCUCCCGGUCUGUCUUUUCUUCUUCGGUUGGACUGCACAGUACGCCAGUGUCGUAUGGAUCGUCCCUGUGAUUGCGACCAGCUUCUUCACCGUCGGCGGAUUCCUAUCUUUCGCAGGCGUUUUCAAUUAUCUUGGCGAUGCAUAUCCAACCUCGUUCGCUUCGAUCUCCGCCGGGAAUGACUUCAUGCGAUCUUGUCUUGGAGCCGCCUUUCCACUCUUUGCUAAUCAGAUGUUCCACACCCUUGGCAUCAACUGGGGGAACAGUCUCCUUGGCUUCCUCUCGAUCAUAUUCAUUCCGAUCAUCUUCUACAUCUGGAGACAUGGCGAGGAUCUUCGUAUGAGGAGCAAGAAUGCAAGACACGAUAUUUGA